AUGGCUGCUUAUAGCAAUUCCUCAAUUCUCUUCGCGAUUGUAGCAUUGUUAUCCUUUUCAAGCAUCACCACAAGUCGUGCUGCUCGUAGCCUACUGCAACUUCCCAACUUGCCUACGAUCCCCUCGUUGCCUAAACCAACACUGCCACAAUUGCCUAAUAUUCCCAAUUUUCCUGCAGCAUUACCACCAUUGCCAACACUUCCAACAGCAACACCAUUACCAUCUCUGCCCACAUUGCCCUCUGUUCCGAAGAUGACUCUGCCACCAAUGCCUUCGAUGCCUUCACUUCCCAACAUGCCUGCAAUCCCAGCUAUUCCAACACUUUCACCUCCUCCAUCCAACUAAUCUUUCGGCUUCCAACUGCGUGAUUUU